AUACCAGUUAGCGAUGGACACGGAAACAUUUACUACGGAUAAGAAGACGACGGAAUAUACCCCGCUCUAUCAAGUAAACAAGAAAACUACCACAAAUGUAUCAUAUCAUUACAACCCUGAAGUAAGUGGGUACCAUUACGGAGCCUUCCACCCUAUGAAACCGUUCAGACUUAUGUUAACUGAUCAUCUCGUGAUAUCAUAUAAGCUAUAUGAGAAAAUGGAUUUGUAUACACCACGAAGGGCAACUAAAGAGGAGCUACUUGAGUUUCAUUCAGAAGAUUAUAUUGAUUUUUUACGAACCAUCACGCCUGAAAAAACAGCAAAGCUCGCUGAAGAAACACUAGCAAAAUUCAAUAUUGGAGAUGAUUGUCCUGUAUUUGAUGGAAUGUACGAUUAUUCAGCGAUAUAUGCUGGUGCCAGUCUUGAUGCUACGAGCAAAUUAAUCUCGGGUAUGUCAGAUAUUGCCAUAAAUUGGUCUGGUGGGUUACAUCAUGCCAAGAAAUUUGAACCUAGUGGAUUCUGCUAUGUCAAUGAUAUUGUGCUAAGUAUAAUCAAUUUAUUAAGAGUACAUCCUCGUGUGAUGUACAUAGAUAUAGAUUUACAUCACGGAGAUGGAGUUCAAGAAGCAUUUUAUACCACCGACAGAGUAAUGACGGUUUCAUUUCAUAAAUAUAAUGGAGAAUUUUUCCCUGGAACAGGAUCAGUGGAUGAAAUAGGAUUGGGUAAAGGAAAGAAUUAUGCCAUAAAUGUACCGUUGCGUGAUGGUAUAGAUGAUGAAUCCUAUAUACGAUUGUUCAAACUGAUUAUUGAACCAUUAAUUACAAAAUUCCAACCUACUUGUAUUGUCCAGCAAUGUGGGGCUGAUUCCUUGGGCUAUGAUAGAUUGGGAUGUUUUAAUUUGAAUAUUCGAGCCCAUGGUGAAUGUGUGAAGUUUGUGAAAUCGUUUGGAAUACCAAUGUUGGUGCUUGGUGGUGGUGGGUAUACCCCAAGAAAUGUUUCAAGAUUAUGGUGUUAUGAAACUUCAGUAUUGAAUGAUGUCACUCUAGAUGCAAAAAUCCCGAAUUAUUUACCAACUUAUCAAUGGUUUGGUCCUGACUAUUCCUUGCAUCCACAAUUAGAAGGAAGAAUUGAUAAUAAGAAUCUGAAGAAAUAUUUGGAAAGUAUAACCCAAGAAGUUUUAGAACAGUUACGAUAUUUGAAUCAUGCUCCAAGUGUUCAAAUGUAUGAAAUACCACCAGAUUUGCCUGGAGCUAAAGAAUAGGCUUUCUGCUAUUGUCAUUUAAAUAUGUACCCAACUUAUUAGGUUUGAGACCUAAAUAAUCACCUGCACUAGUAUCUGGCCCCACAGUUGUUAAUACAAUAUAGAAGUAUUUUUGAGCCUAAAAUAAAAGUUUAUGUGAUUUUAAUAAUGUAUUAUUAAUAGUUUUAUAUGGGAAUAAAUUAGCACAUUUU